CCGAGCUACUCUCGGAUUCCUAAAGAAGCUUCUUCAGUUCUUUUUACCGUGCUUUCCCAUUUUGGGGAGCGAUUGGUUUCUUUUGGUUGGGUUUUUUGUUUUCUUGUUUUUUAUUCUUCUUCUUCUCGGGAUUGAAGAUGUUGCUGCACUUCCAUGAUCCUUCGAAACUAAAGACCAGGAAGGUUUUAUUUGAAGAAGCAUACCAUGCACAUGAUUCUGAUACACUGGAGCAACUGAAAGAGCUAAGUUCCAGGAGGAAAGCACUUGAAGAAUCUAUAAAUGGAAGCACCUUCAUUUCAGAAGCUAUUGCUAGGGAAAUGUCUGGAGGAAUUACUUCUCGACAUCAACAGGAUCUGCAAAAAUUGGAGAAUUAUUUGCCUUUGUUGGAGAACUUAAUAGAGCAUGCAGAUAUGAAUGGUAGCGACCCUCGGAUGCUUCAGUGGAUGGUAGAUCUUAAUUUGCAAUGGAAUAGUGCACUUAGCGCAUCUUCAUUCUUCAGUCUUAUAGGCCCUAAAUUCUUUCGGAUAGACAAUCUUCGAUAUGAACUUGGAAUGAUCCUUUUUCUUUAUGGUGCACUUAUGCGGGAAAGAGCCUUUGAAGUGCUACCAGACGACCUUGUACAGGCUGCUACUCUUUUCAGGAAAGCUGCUGGUGUUUACAACUAUCUGACACACACCAUACUCCCCGUUCUUCAGCCUUUUCUUCCUCCGGAAAGACCACCAGAAGUCACAACCUCGAUGUCUUCUAUUAUGUGCCUUAUUUGCCUGGCUGAAGCACAGGCUGUCACAACAAGGAAAGCUGAAGAAAAAGCUAGCAGGGGGAGCCUUCUCGCGAAGCUACAUUAUGGUGUUACUCAGUUGCUUAUUGAGGCUAUGACCAUCAUAGACUCAAACAUAGGCGAUUUGAGCAAUAUAUCAAGUCAACUAAUUGAGUUCAUUUCCUUAAGCAGCAUUAUGCAUGAAUCAAGAAGCAGGAGAUACAUGGCUACAGAAUUGAGCAGAAAUGGGCAGGUGGGUCUUGCAAUAGGAAUUCUUCGUCAUGCUGUCAAUGAGAUGAACAGAAGAUCACCAAGCGAACAGAGUUGGCGUGUAGUUUUUGAACAAGAAAUUAAUGCACUUGCUGAGAUUCUUCAGAAACUUGAGCAGGAGAAUGAUUUUGUGUGGCUUGAUAAGAUUCCUUGCUUGGAUGAACUGCCAUUUUUGGAGGGAAAGAAAAUUGCAAGUAUCAUUCCUUAUGCUCCUGUAAGGUUAGAAAAAGAACUUGUCUUCAGGAUAUAACUGGAAGCCCCAAUAGUGAAAUUUCAUAUGGUUUGGGAAGUGUUUUAUGUGGAAACACUGCUGGUCUUAACUGGAGGAAGAACUGUGAAUUGCAUCCAUUACAUUGUUGCCGUGUUGGACAUUAGGGUUGUUCUGAUGUCACAAUUCAGUUGUCCUUGUACUUUAUCGUGAGAAGUUGAACGCCCUUUGGUUCUUGGACACAGUAAGCUAUUGUUGGACUGGAUUCACUUCUUGGCAGUUAAUGAAGAGGAUUUUAGAGUGCUUGUAAUUUCAGCAGAAGACCACCUUAUGAUUACGCAACAUUCACUGGGUGUUUAUCACAUGCCAACAUUUUGAUCAAGGCCAAGCUGGAUUGGAAAUUCUUGAUUUUUUUUUCUUUUAUUUUUUUUUUGAAUUUCUUCAAAUCACUAAUGUGCAUUGUAUUUUUUUCAAUAGCAGAAAAGCCAUUGUUGUUGUUGGGGUGGAACACUUUGGUUGUAGUAGUUUAACCUGUCGUACUUACGGUCACCUCCCCAGUAGUGUAGAACACUUCUGCACAGAGAUGACUAUCGAACCUCAAGAACAUUUACCCAUUGAAGGACGGUGGGUUCAGCAUCCAAGGCCAUAAUGAGGUUUAAGCUCCAUGUUCAGAUGCCUACUGUUCCUUUGGAGUCGCAUUCUGUUAUUGGGCCUGGGCUGCUGUGGGCUGAUUAGAAAUAGGUUUUGGGUGUUUCUGCUGGUUAAUCCCUGACUGGCCUGGUCUGAGAUUUGUAGACAUGCUUUUUUCUUUUUUUUGUACCUUUAAUACAAAACAGCCUUACCAUUUAA